AAUGGUAUGAACACUCCGAUCUUGAAUUAUUUAAUGUUCAAUUUCAUCCUGUUUUGGAUCCAAGUUUGUGAUAUAACACAUUGCAAUUUUUCAAUGUUAUUAUCGUUGAAGCAUACUAUCAUUUAGCAAAUAAAUAUGGCCCAUUAAAAGGAUAUCCAAAGACAGGGUUAGUUCAACCAUUUUACGGUCCAUUCUUCAGACCCACCAGUUAUUUGUAUUUUUAUAAGAAACAAGGAAUAGUUUUUUUGUCACAAAAAUAGUAAAUGACCAAAAACAAAUUUUAUUAAAGAAUAAAAAUACAUUUAUACUCUAGAGUUAACUAAUCUAGAUUUAUGUUUAGAGUUAAGGGAUGACGUUUUGAGGAUGUGAAUUCAAAUGUUUUAAAAUAAAAAAUAAAUAUUAAAAUUUUCAAAAUAAAAAAAAAUUUAUUUUGAUCAUUUUCUUUAUUAAAUGUUAUCCUGUAAUAAAAACUUAAAAAUAACUAUUUUAGAGAAUUGCCAUUUUUAGAAAGCACUUGGCUAAUGAAUAGCAUACUACAUUUAAAAGAUACGUCUGAUCAGACUCUCCGGUUAAGAAGAUAUGUGAGCUUGUUAAGGAGAGCAUACUACAUCAUUGGAUCAAACUAUACAUGGGUGGCACAUUGGAUUUGGUUCGGUUGAUUCAGAUUUUUGGAUUUUCAGUAUUAUGCUCAUAAGUUUCAAUCAGGUUUUACUAAUUAUUGGAUUGGGUUCGGUUCGGAUCGGAUUAUAACAAUAUCGCUUAAAAUAUAUUUUUAACUAAAAAUGCCAAAAAUACUCAAAAUAAAUAAAAUAUUUACAAAUCUAAUUAAAAACUUCUUAAACUACUUACCUAACUAAAAAUAUUCAAAAUAACAAAUAAAACAAACUACAAAAAAUUUUGAAAUAUUGUAAAACAUCUAAAUUACCUUAACAUACUUAACUAAUUUCAGAUGUUUUCGGAUCUUAGUUUGUAUCUCGAACAGGUUAUCCAAACCCAAAAAUACCAAGCUCUUAAGUUCUAUUCCGUUUUUUGUAUAACGGUUCGGAUCAGAUUUCAGUUUUUUUUAUUCAAGUUUAGUUUGGGACUUCGGUAUGGGGUAAAAAUGCCCAUGCCUAGAUCAGACUGGUUACAAGCCUGUCCUUUUAAGGUUGACCCAUCAAUUCCUACUUACUGAAACUGUCCCUUCUGAGAUUAUAGAGCACUCUAUCAUAACCUCCAUUUUUUCCUUGUAUCCAUUUCAUAAUCCAAAAUAAUCAGAAAUCUUACUCGGAAAACUAUAAUAUAAGCGCUUCAUUUUAGACAUUAGAAUAUACUACAAGCAACCUCCGAAAUUCUCCACUAAAUGCUCUCAACCUUUUGUAACAAAUCCCAAAAUAAGUAAAUCUAAUAUUUUGCUUUAAAUAACAAAAAGAUACAGAGAGGCUUUGUGGUUCCUAAAGUCCCUCCCAUCAGCAAAACCUAUUAUCGUUUUCAAAACUGAAGGACAGCCAAAAUGAAUAAUACUUGGAAAAACAGAAAAAAUACUAUUAAUGGCCAUUCAUAAGCAAAAACUCCUAAACUUUCUUGCUAAAGAAGAAACUCAGAACCUAAAAGAAUAGACAGAGGAAGAAAAAAAUUGUUGAGAACCUAAAAGAAUACUAUUAACAUUGUAUUUCUCUUCCUGGUUGAGAACUUACUUCCUCUCCCCUUAUUGCAACAAUGGGCAAUUGUUGCGCUCAUGGACGAGAAGAACCCACGCAGGAAAAAGGACUCGGAGACGGUGCAGAAGCCUCUGUGAAAGCCUCGAGACACUCACCAGCAUCUCCUCCUCCCGCAACCAAACAAGGCCCCAUAGGACCUGUCUUAGGCCGACCAAUGGAAGAUGUAAAAAGCUCAUAUUCAUUAGGGAAAGAGCUUGGUCGUGGACAGUUCGGUGUAACCUAUCUCUGCACACAAAAGGCUACGGGACUCCAAUUCGCGUGCAAGACCAUUGCCAAAAGGAAGCUGGUGAACAAGGAAGACAUCGAGGACGUAAGAAGAGAGGUGCAGAUAAUGCAUCACUUGACGGGUCAACCAAACAUCGUGGAGCUCAAAGGAGCCUACGAGGAUAAGCACAACGUGCAUUUGGUUAUGGAGCUUUGCGCUGGAGGAGAGUUGUUUGAUAGGAUUAUAGCCAAAGGGCAUUACUCUGAGAGAGCCGCGGCUUCGUUGCUAAGGACCAUUGUUCAGAUUAUCCAUACUUGUCAUUCAAUGGGGGUUAUUCAUAGGGACUUGAAGCCUGAGAACUUUUUGUUGCUUAACAAAGAAGAGAACUCUCCUCUCAAGGCAACAGACUUUGGGCUUUCCGUGUUCUACAAGCCAGGAGAGGAGUUUAAAGAUAUUGUUGGAAGUGCUUAUUACAUUGCACCUGAGGUUUUGAAGAGGAAGUAUGGACCAGAGGCUGAUAUUUGGAGCAUUGGUGUCAUGUUGUAUAUUCUCCUUUGUGGUGUUCCACCUUUCUGGGCUGAGUCGGAGAAUGGGAUUUUCAACGCCAUUUUAAGUGGACAGAUUGAUUUUGCAAGUGAUCCAUGGCCAGCUAUUUCCCACCAGGCUAAGGAUCUUGUUAGGAAGAUGCUUAACUCUGAUCCAAAACAAAGAUUAACCGCUGCUCAAGUUCUCAACCAUCCGUGGAUUAAGGAGGAUGGAGAAGCACCAGAUGUUCCUCUUGACAAUGCUGUGAUGUCAAGGCUCAAGCAAUUCAAAGCAAUGAACAACUUUAAGAAAGUUGCUUUAAGGGUGAUAGCCGGGUGCUUAUCAGAAGAAGAAAUCAUGGGCUUGAAGGAGAUGUUCAAAGGUAUGGACACUGAUGACAGCGGAACAAUAACUCUUGAGGAACUAAGACAAGGACUUGCCAAGCAAGGGACAAGGUUAUCUGAAUACGAAGUCCAACAGUUAAUGGAAGCUGCUGAUGCGGACGGUAAUGGAACAAUAGACUAUGGAGAGUUCAUAGCAGCAACAAUGCACAUCAACAGACUUGACAGAGAAGAGCAUCUCUUCUCAGCCUUCCAGCACUUUGACAAAGACAACAGUGGAUAUAUCACAAUGGAAGAGCUGGAGCAAGCCCUGAGGGAGUUUGGUAUGAGUGAUGGCAGAGACAUUAAGGAAAUCAUUUCUGAAGUUGAUGGAGACAACGAUGGGAGGAUAAACUACGAGGAGUUUGUGGCAAUGAUGAGAAAAGGAAACCCUGAUCCUAACCCUAAGAAGCGGCGUGAACUGUCUUUUGACACAACUUGAAGAAACUAAGUCAGAGGCACAU